AAAAGUGGCUUGUACAAGGCAGAGUUAAAUACUCCUCCAGUGUUAGGUUCAGUGGUAACAAGCUGCAGAACGUCUUGCUGGUCCUCUACACUGAGGACAAAAUGAAGGCCGAAUAUUCUUUGGAGCAGAACAGUUCUCGUGAAGUCUCUUUUACCGAAAAUGGUGUCCAAUGGAGAACUGGAUCUGUGGUCUCCAAUCUAGAAGUCUAUGAUGUGGGCAACAGUGAAACAAUCUCUAGUUCCUCAUUUAAAAAAUACCAGCAGAGCCUGCAGACCCUCAAACCUUUCCGCUGGUCCUCACCACAGUCCAACCCUUUGGACAAUGCAGGUUUCUUUUCCUUUGCGACCUUCGCCUGGAUGACCCCCAUGAUGUGGGCCAUGUUCAGGAACAAACUGGACAUGUCCUCUCUUGACUUGUCUCCUUCAGAUGCAGCCAACACGAGUGGAGAAAGACUUCAGAGAAUGUGGGAUGAAGAAGUGGCAAAGAAAGGCCCAGAGAAAGCCUCUUUGGUUUGUGUGAUUCUUCGUUUUCAAAGAACCAGGCUGAUCAUCUCUGUCAUUGUCUGCAUCCUUACCAUGUUGGCAGUGUUUCUGGGCCCGGCUGUUUCGGUCCGUGAGAUCCUAAACUAUAUUGAAGACCCAGGGGACUCCACAGUUGUCCAUGGUGUUGGUUUGGCCUUAGGUCUGUUCACCACAGAGUUCUUCAGAGCUUUUCUAAUGUCCUUGAUGUGGGCAAUGAACAUACGCACAGCAGUCAGACUGAAAGGAGCCUUCUCUUCAGUGGGCUUCCAGAAAGUCAUCUCUCUUCGGGCGCACAGCGGCGUUUCGAUGGGAGAGAUGAUUAAUGUUCUGACCAGCGAUGGCCACAGAUUAUUUGAAGCUGUGUUGUUUGGGAGCUUUAUGAUUGCCACCCCAGUGUUCUUUAUUGUGUGUGUCAUCUACGCCUGCUACAUUCUGGGCUACACUGCACUGACUGGAGUCUGCAUCUACAUCAUUUUUGUCCCUGUACAGUUUUUCUUAGCUCAACUCAUUGCCAAGUUCAGAUGGAAAGCCACGCAGACAACAGACAGCCGUGUUCGCACCAUGAAUGAGAUUCUCAACAGCAUUAAGCUUAUCAAGAUGUAUGCCUGGGAAGGUUCUUUUGAGAAGAAAGUUGCAGGCUUAAGGAAAAAUGAAAAGAAGCAUGUACGGAGUGUCAAUUACAUCCAGAAUAUUAAUCACAGCAUUACCAGCAUCAUACCCACCCUCGCCACUGUUCUCACCUUCCUGGUUCACACUUUGGUCGGCCUACCGCUCAACACAUCUAAUGCCUUUACCACUAUAGCCAUUUUCAACGCCAUGAGAUACUGCCUUGCUCUUAUGCCCAUGUGUGCCAAAGCCCUGGCUGAGGCUGCUGUGUCGAUAGCACGACUACAGAAAAUAUUGCUGAUCCAGAAUCCAGAGCUGUACCUGAUGCGAAAGAAAGACAGCGACUCUGCGAUAGUGAUGAAAAAUGCUACGCUUUCCUGGACCAAACCAGGCAGCCAGCCAGACCCUCCACACAGCUCAGCCAAUGGAGUCAGAGAGCAGACGGUGGAUGUGAAGUGUGAGAACGGAGAGACUGAAUCUUUGCCAACCCUGAGAAACAUCUCCUUUACACUGCCUAAGGGCCACCUGCUUGGUGUUUGUGGGAAUGUGGGGAGCGGAAAAUCAUCACUGAUUUCCAGCAUCUUGGAACAGAUUCACCUUCUUCAGGGCUCUGUUGUAGCUGAUGGGACAUUUGCCUACGUUUCCCAGCAAGCCUGGAUUUUCCAUGGAACUGUCCAAGAAAAUAUCCUGAUGGGGAAACCUCUUGACCAGGCCAAAUAUGAUCGAGUUGUGGAUGUCUGCAGCCUCAGAGCUGACCUGAAGAUCCUGCCUUAUGGUGAUCAAACUGAGAUUGGAGAGCGAGGGCUGAAUCUGUCAGGGGGACAGAAGCAGAGGAUCAGCCUGGCCAGAGCUGUCUACUCCGAUAAGGACAUCUUCCUCCUUGAUGAUCCGCUGUCUGCUGUUGAUGCUCAUGUGGGGAAACACAUUUUUGAAGAAUGCAUAAAGAAGGAGCUCCAAGGAAAGUCCAUCAUCCUGGUCACACACCAGCUCCAGUAUUUGGAGUUCUGUGAUGAUAUCUUGGUUCUGGAGGAUGGUGAGAUCCUGGAGGCUGGAAACCACGAGGGCCUGAUGGCAGCCGAAGGACGCUACGCUCAGCUCAUCAGUAACUACAAGUCAGAACAGUCCAAAACUGAAAAAGAGGAGGAGGAGGUGUCACCCCAAGAUGCUGACCAGCUGCAGGACGAUGAGCUCAGACAGCGUCCAGACAGCGGGAUGGUGAACCCCGCAUUUGACCUGUCAGAUGAGAAGGAUGAUGAAGCGAAAGCUGACCAAAUAUCUGUCAAGGCUAGUGAUCAGCUGGUCAGUCAGGAGCUGUCCACAGAAGGGGCUGUCUCCUGGAGGGUCUACCAGCAGUACUGCAAGGCAGCAGGAGGCUACAUCGUCACCUUCCUCACCAUCCUAAACAUGGUCCUGAUGAUUGGAUCCACAGCCUUCAGCAACUGGUGGCUCAGCCACUGGCUGGGACAGGGUAAUGGGUCAUCCAGCAACACAACUUCAAACCAGGGUGACGUCUCACAAAACCCUGACCUAGAGUUCUACCAAAUGAUUUAUGGUGUGGUGAUAAUUAUCACGGUGGUGCUUGCGGUCAUCAAAUGCUUCUUGUUCACUAAUGUCACCUUGAAUGCCGCCUGCAAAUUCCAUGACACAAUGUUCAAGAAGAUUAUUGCCAGUCCAAUGAGUUUCUUUGACACAACGCCAACAGGCCGCAUCCUGAACCGCUUCUCUAAAGACCAGGAGGAGGUGGACACCGUGCUUCCCCUCCACAUGGACUCUUUCUUACAGUUUUGUCUGCUUGUCAUAGCCGCAAUUGCCAUCAUCGCGGUCGUCUUCCCUGUCUUGCUGGUAGCUGUGGUUGUUCUUGGAGUUUUGUUUGCCCUCGUUCUCUUUGUAUUCCAGAAGAGUAUUCGUCAGAUGAAGAAGAUGGAGAACAUCAGUCGCUCUCCCUGCAUUUCUCUCACCAUCUCCACCUUGCAGGGCCUCAGCACCAUCCAUGCCUACAACAUAAGAGACAGCCACAUCAAAAUGUUCAAGUCCAUCAAUGACAUUAAUUCCAACCACUUCUUGCUGUUUAACUCUGGCACACGCUGGCUGUCUUUCUGGCUGGAUUUCAUGGGUGCAACCAUGACCUUGGUGGUGGCUCUGUUUGUAGUGCUCAGCAGUAAUGAACUUGUCAGUCCAGCUUUGAAAGGCUUGGCCUUAUCCUACACUAUUCAGUUGACAGGCCUGCUUCAGUAUGUAGUGAGACAGGCAACGGAAGUGGAGGCAAGGUUCAACUCUGUAGAGCGACUUCAGGAAUACAUCACGGGUUGCAAAUCUGAGGCCCCAAGACACAUAAAGGAUGCUCAGAUCCCAGAGGACUGGCCCAAGAGUGGAGUCAUCACCUUCCAGGACUAUAAGAUGAGGUACAGGGAGAAUACACCCAUUGUACUGAACGGGCUUGAUUUCUUCAUCCAAGCUGGAGAGAAGCUGGGCAUUGUGGGAAGGACAGGCUCUGGGAAAUCCUCUUUAGGCAUGGCUCUAUUCCGACUAGUGGAGCCAGCAGGAGGAACCAUCCUGAUAGACGGAGUGGACAUUAUGGCCAUUGGCCUGCAGGAUCUGCGCAGCAAAUUGUCCAUCAUCCCCCAGGACCCUGUGCUGUUCAGUGGUACAGUCAGGUACAACCUAGACCCUUUCAAUGACUACACUGAUGAGGACAUCUGGACAACACUGGAGAAGACCUACAUGAAGGACACAAUCUCCAGACUGGAGGGGAAGCUACAAGCAGAGGUGUUGGAGAACGGAGAGAACUUCUCCGUAGGCGAGAGACAACUGUUGUGUAUGGCGAGAGCACUACUCCGUAACUCCAAGAUCAUUCUUUUGGAUGAGGCCACAGCCUCCAUCGAUGCAGAGACCGAUGCUCUGAUCCAGAACACCAUCAAAGACGCCUUCAGCGAUUGCACCAUGCUCACCAUCGCACAUCGCAUCAACACCGUGAUGCAAGCAGAUCGUAUUCUGGUCAUGGACAACGGAGAGGCAGUAGAGUUUGACAGUCCAGAUGUGCUGAAGCAACGACCAGACUCCAUGUUCUCCUCCCUCCUUGCUGCUGCUAACACUGUGAAUACAUGAACCAGAGAUCUGUGAUACCCAAGAACUGCUACACAUGUUUUGUUUUGUUGUUUGUUUUACAGGUUUUAUAUCAGCUGAUGGAAAAGUUUUCUAUACAAUUGUGGCUCUUUCUACAGUGUAUUUUACACAGAUGCAUAUCAAAUCCAGCCAGUGUGUUACAAGGAAGAUGUUUUUCUGCAGUGAAAUCCUAAUCAGACAUGAUACUUCUUUUAAGUGUGGUUAUGGUCUUUUAUUGGUGAGGUCUCAUCCCCCCGCCUGCUCUUCUUCUUCCUUUUUGCUUCGUAUUUUAGUUUAUUGCUCAGUUUAAACAGUUUAUGCUAAUUGUAACUGAUUAUAUACAAGCCUCAAGGUCAGCCGAGUUGAUGCAAACUGAUAAGAUCCUUUAGCUAAAAUUCAGAGAGCCUGAAGACCAUCUGAAGUAGACUGACAUGGAAUCUUUACCCCCAGUGAUGGAGCGACAGCAGUUGACACUAGUGAUGGUCAAAUGAAUCCCCAUGAAUCACUGAGGCUCUCCAGCCCGUUGCUUCACCUAAAGGUUCACUACUGGAGACCUCAAUGAAGCAGUGAAUACUGCCAUCUGCUGGGCAAAUUUACAUUUCAGUCAGUACCAUAGUAUCAUGACCCGAGCUGACAUUUAUGAAUGACUUUUGUGUCCAGAAACAAUAAACAAUGGAUAUUUCUA